UUUUCAAAGUAUAACUAACCAUUUUUUACAAUUUAAUAUGAAUAUUUUACAAGUUUGGCAGAAUAUAUUGUUCAAAAUAAAAUACUUCGUUAAAAUCGUUAAAAUAACAUCUUAUUUUUGCUAUUUUUCUGGAUAGCGCAGAACUGUAUAAUUAGUCAUCGUACAAUUACAAUAUUGGCAUAUGCUAAAACUUUGAUAACAUUCUGCAUAAUAAACAGCUCAGCAGACAGUACUAAAUCAAUGUAGGUACAUAUUGUCUUUAUAAUAGAAUAAUAGAAAGCUUUUUUUAAUGAAGCCAUAGUGUAAAAUGAUACAGGAAACUUAAAUGAUGCAAUGCCAUUAGUAAAAUCGUAAAUGUAUGUACAUACCUGACUUUAAAGCGAGUAGUUAUUUAUAUUUUAUAAUAUUGCUUCCGGUGCUGUCCUCUUACUAGCUAGCACAAACAAUAAUAAUAUAGUACUUGUGUGUUCAACAAUUAACCUUUUAUAUAAUGUAUAUAUAUUGUUGGUUUGUUCUACUAGCUUUUGAGCAAAGUCUGACAGGUUAUUUUUCAAAUGUUCACCUACUUUUAUGAGUUUUUGUAGGUCAAUUGCUUAGUUUUUGCCUUUUAACAUGCGAUUAUGUUAUCCAUUACCGACAUAAUUUUAAAGGGGAGGGUGAGGGUUGAAUUUUUUAAUUUUGAAAAUUAAAUGCAAGUAACAUUUAAUCCAACCAUGUAAAAUGUAACAAUGGCUACUAUAUCCUUUGACAAGAGUAGUGGGCUGACAUAUAUGUGUUGACGUAUCUAACAAGAAAAAUCCUAGGAAUAAAACAUAACUGUUGCUGAAGGUCACAUUCAUUCCCAGUUUAAAACCCAUUUCUGUCAGAAACUACCAAUUACUUCUCAUUUCUACACAACUUUCAUUUCUAGACAUUUCUGUAUUGACCAAAUGUCCAGCAAUUCGUUGCAGAUUUCUACCAUAUUUCAUUGUAUUUUGUAUAUCAAAGUUCGCCAUUAUAACAGGUAAUCCACAGGUUGAGAACUUACUGUUUCAUGAGUCAUCCAGUCAAUGCACUGAUAGUAAUUGCCAAGGGGCGAAGAAAUGUAGUGUUUCUUAUUGACUAGGUGAAUAAUUAGACUUUGGACACACCUUAAUCACCGCAUUUAGCGCCCACCCCCUAACGGCUUCAUAAUGUUCAAGAAAUAUUGGGAAAUAACCAAAGAAUGGUGACCAUAUGAGAAAAACGAUCUGAAUUCUGAUUAAUCUAAUGGGUGAUAAUAGAAAUGUUCUCUUGUUGUUGACCAGAUGAAUUAUUUGACAUUGGACACAAUUAAUAUAGUUAUAGCUUGCCUGAUUAUUCGGCAUAAUGAAAUGAAAAGGAUUAUCCUGCAUGUCUGUCUAGCAGCACAAGCCCAGCACAAUGAAAUGAAAAGGAUUAUCCUGCCUGUCUGUCUAGCAGCACAAGCCCAGCACAAUGAAAUGAAAAGGAUUAUCCUGCAUGUCUGUCUAGCAGCACAAGCCCAGCAUAAUGAAAUAAAAGGGAUUAUCCUGCAUGUCUGUCUAGCAGAACAAGUCCAGCAUAAUGAAAUGAAAAGGAUUAUCCUGCAUGUCUGUCUAGCAGCACAAGCCCAGCACAAUGAAAUGAAAGGGAUUAUCCUGCAUGUCUGUCUAGCAGCACAAGCCCAGCACAAUGAAAUAAAAGGGAUUAUCCUGCAUGUCUGUCUAGCAGAACAAGUCCAGCAUAAUGAAAUGAAAAGGAUUAUCCUGCAUGUCUGUCUAGCAGCACAAGCCCAGCACAAUGGAAUGAAAAGGAUUAUCCUGCAUGUCUGUCUAGCAGCACUAGCCCAGCAUAAUGAAAUGAAAAGGAUUAUCCUGCAUGUCUGUCUAGCAGCACAAGCCCAGCACAAUGAAAUGAAAGGGAUUAUCCUGCAUGUCUGUCUAGCAGCACAAGCCCAGCAUAAUGAAAUGAAAAGGAUUAUCCUGCAUGUCUGUCUAGCAGCACAAGUCCAGCAUAAUGAAAUGAAAAGGAUUAUCCUGCAUGUCUGUCUAGCAGCACAAGCCCAGCACAAUGAAAUGAAA